AUGAGGGGAUCCUCACUGUUUGGGCCUGCGACGGCCGGCUUCGCAGCAGGCCUCCGCCUCUCGCCCUUUCUCCUUUCUAGUCUCGCAUCGGCGUUGACUUUUCAAUCCGUGUCUGAACCGGAUUUGGACCUCUCGCCAUUGGGCCAUAUUGCGCUCACCGGAGACUUCGACGCAGUUACCUUCUACCAAUACACCGCGCAGACUAACACAUCGACCGGCGACAAUGACGCGCAAACGCUCCUGACUCCUCUCCCCAACGGAAUCCUUACGACCUUGUCGACAUCCAAUGCGGACAUUCGCGCGAUGUGCCCGUUCACGCAAAAGGAUGGAACGUUCUCGGGAAUCUUUGUGGGGGGCAACUUUACGAGCUUGGGCGGCGUCGAAACAGAGGGUGUCGCAUUAUAUCAUCCAUCUACGAAUCAAGUCAAGUCGUUACCCGGCCUUUCAGGAUCCGUCUCCGCCUUGCUGUGCGAUCAGGAAACCAAUAGUGUAUAUGUUGGAGGAAAUUUCACCUACUAUAAUACCUCAAACGCCGUGGCUUGGGUAGGCACGGAAGGCUGGUCUAAUCUGACUUUUGGUGGGUUCAAUGGCCCCGUUGCGUCGAUUCUGAAGGAUGGCGAUGGUCACAUUGUCUUUGGUGGCUCUUUCGACGGUAUUGGCAACUCGACGUCAAGCAAGAAAGGCGAACAGGUUAUCAACCUUCAGAAUGCUACGAUCACUUCCGACGCGGAUUCUUCGACCAGUGGUUUCGUCGAUCCCCGCAAUAUCAUUUGUCAAUCAAGUGGCGAGGACGGCACGGGGAAGACAUGGCUAUUGGAGGAUUAUUCGCCUGGUUACUGGCGCGUCGAUAUGCAAUUUCAGUAUACGCCUACCAAGCUGAGGCUGUAUAACACACAUUAUGAGGGAAGAGGCACGAAAUCCUUCUUGUUCAGACGCUUGCCCGACAACGGAAUUAUGAACUUGACGUACACGGAUCCCGAUACUGGCAAUCCUGUUUAUUGCGAUCAGAGCUGCUCACUUUCGGACAACGCAACUGAGAAAUAUCGAGAAUUCACGUUUGUCAAUCACGCAGCAAUGAGUGGUUUUGAGAUCGAGAUUCUGGGAUGGUAUGGCAAGGGUGCUGGCUUGAAUGGCAUUGAACUCCUUGAAGACAAUAUCUUUGCUUAUGCAAUCGACGCUUUUAACGAGCCGACAUGCGCCAAUUCCAGCUAUCCAUCUAAAUCCACCCGUACCGGGUCCUGGUCUGCGACAGCGUCCGGUCAAAGUUCUUCGGCCUAUUUGACGGCCCAGGUCACCAACUCAAAUACGACUGAUGCUUCAGUUGUGUUCGAGCCUGACGUCAAACACUCAGGCAAUUACUCCAUCAAAUUGUUUACUCCUGGGUGUGAUCAAGAUGAUACUUGCGAUUCCCGUGGUAUUGUCAACGUGACGGUCACUGCCACAAGCGAUUCGUCAGAACCUGUUCAAACUCUUAUCUACCAGACAAAUGAAUACGAAAAAUAUGAUACAAUCUACACUGGCCAUGUGGACGCAAGCGAUAGCUCGUUUCGUCCCCGUGUGAAGCUCACCCCUGUGGCAAAUCAAGGCGAUGUCACUAUAGUGGCAUCUCGAGUUCAAUUUGUCGCAAUCUCCGUGUCAGGCAUCUCGGACGAUCAACUAAACGGAUUGUACGAAUACGACCCGACUACCAAGCAGAGCACGAACGUUUCCGAGUCGGUUAUUGACCAAGCAGGUCUUGUUCUGGACUCGGAAGCAUCAAUCACGAGUUUGGCCAACCAUGGCAGUAUUAUUUACGUCGGAGGAAACUUUUCGAACUCCUACAUCAACAAUAUCAUGUACAUCGAACAGGACGGAAACGCGACGGCAAUGCCCAAGGGCGGUUUGAAUUCCGGAGUCAACACCAUGACGGUGCUAAACGAUUUCCUCUACGUUGGCGGAAACUUUACGGAUACGUCAGAUGGGGGAAAUGACGGCCUGAGCCAUGUGGCGGCCUAUUCUUUCGAUACGAAAACAUGGUCUGCCCUUGGAGGGGGCGUCAAUGGUAGAGUUGACAGCGUCAUUGCUCUUUCGCUGAACAUUUCUGCCGACCUGAACGAAACUAUUGUUGGCGUCAGCGGUGAUUUCGAUCAAUUGCUUGGCUUUGAGCAGACGUCUUCAACCAAUGUUUCUGGUUUUGCUGUGUGGGUUCCAUCACGCAAGAAUUGGUUGCCGAAUCUAAAUGUCAGCCAGCUGGAGUUUGCUGGCCAACUGUCCGCUUACGCCAAGGUCGACAACACCACGAUUCUUGCGGGUAGCCUUUCCAGUGGUGGCAUUGCUGCUGCAGGUGCUGUAGCCUUGCUCUAUGACAAAGAUCUCGGCCUGGAAGCUCUGCUGACCGAUCACAACACAAAUGGCGAAACUUAUACGGGAAUCUUCGACACAGGCUCUAGUCGAAAUCGCACUAUUUUGGGAGGUCACUUCUCCACUAACGCUACUAACGGAUCCGUGAUUGAGAACUUUGCGAUUCUUGACGGCCGUGAUGGCAGCAUCAAGGGUCUCGGAUUAGGUGUCGACAGUAACUCUACCUUCUUGACCUUCGCAAUCUCCGACGACGUCCUCUAUGCGGGUGGCAAUAUCACUGGGAAAGUAGGCGAUUCGAAGUUGAACGGAUUUGUCUUGUAUAACCUCAACAACGACACCCUCGUCAGAAACCAACCACCACGGCUCACUGGCCAUGGUGUUUCAGUCAAUGCAAUCGCUGCGCGUCCGAGCGCCGACGAAAUCUACUUCGGAGGACAGUUCCAGACUGCGGGUGCUCUUCCCUGCCCCGGUGUUUGUUUCUGGGACACUUCUAACCAGCAAUGGAAUCGACCUGGUGCAAGCUUGGAUGGAACAGUCCUGGCUCUCGAAUGGCUCAACAGUAAGCAGCUACUGGCGGUUGGCAACUUGAGCAUCAACGGAAACCAGUCUUUGGUCGCAACUUACAAGCCUAAGGGGCAGAGCUGGACUGCCUUCCCGGGUGCAUCUUCGUCUGAGAUUCCCGGAACUGUGACAGCAUUUACUCCAGCCAACAGCGCAGUGUCCAAGUUCUGGCUUGGUGGUACCUACAACAACGGAUCCAAUUACUUGGCCGCCCACGACGGGUCCGGCUUCCAGUUCGUGCGCAACGUAUUCGACAAGGGGACUACCAUCCGUGGUCUCGAGAUACUUCCGCUUUCCAAGAACCACGAUGCUGUUAGCACUCUGAAUAACGAUCAAGCCCUCCUCGUCACCGGCCAUCUGGUAAUCCCGGAUUUCGGCAAUGCCUCGGCUGCCAUCUUUAAUGGAACCGCCGUGAAACCUUUCAUCUUGUCCACCAAGUCCAACGGCGAAGCAGGCAGCAUGUCUCAGGUGUUCUUCGAAAACAAGAACCCGUUCACCAGCGGAGGCAAACACCUCUCCAACGGCAUUGUCGUGCUCAUCUCUUUCUGCCUGGCACUCGGCUGCGUCUUCCUAAUUGUUAUCUGCGGUGUCAUCUUUAACAAAAUCCAGCGCCGUCGCCAGGGCUACAUGCGGGCUCCUCAGGCGGUGGGAACUGAUCGACCGUCCAACAUGCGGAGACUCCCUCCGGAGUAUUUGUUUAACUCGAUCAAGCAGCCCAACCCCGCUGCUCCCACAAUAUGA